AAGCGCGGCUCACACCGGUCACCCGGCUGGCGGCGAGGAUGGCAGGCUUCGCGCAACUCGGGCUGUCAUCGUGGCUCGUGGAACAAUGCCGACAGCUGGGUUUGAAGCAGCCCACGCCCGUGCAGCUCGGCUGCAUCCCCGCCAUCCUGGAGGGUCGGGACUGCUUGGGCUGUGCUAAGACAGGCAGUGGCAAGACGGCGGCGUUCGUCCUGCCCAUUCUGCAGAAGCUCUCUGAGGACCCCUACGGCAUCUUCUGCCUUGUCCUGACUCCCACCAGGGAGCUGGCCUACCAGAUCGCCGAGCAGUUCCGGGUCCUGGGGAAGCCGCUGGGCUUGAAGGACUGCAUCAUCGUCGGCGGCAUGGACAUGGUGGCCCAGGCCCUGGAGCUCUCCCGGAGGCCGCACGUGGUGAUCGCCACGCCGGGGCGCCUGGCAGAUCACCUCCGCAGCUCGAGCACCUUCAGCAUCAAGAAGAUUCGCUUCCUGGUGCUGGACGAGGCCGACCGGCUGCUGGAGCAGGGCUGCACUGACUUCACCACCGACCUGGAGGCCAUCCUGGGGGCGGUGCCGGCCCGCCGACAGACGCUGCUCUUCAGUGCCACGCUCACCGACACGCUCCGGGAGCUGCAGGGCCUGGCCACCAACCAGCCCUUCUUCUGGGAGGCCCAGGCCCCGGUCAGCACGGUGGAGCAGCUGGAGCAGCGCUACCUGCUGGUGCCCGAGAGGGUCAAGGACGCGUACCUGGUGCAUCUGGUGCAGACUUUCCAUGACGAGCACGAGGACUGGUCCGUCAUCAUCUUCACCAACACGUGCAAGACCUGCCAGAUCCUGUGCAUGAUGCUGCGCAAGUUCAGCUUCCCCACCGUGGCUUUGCAUUCCAUGAUGAAGCAGAAAGAACGCUUCUCCGCCCUGGCCAAGUUCAAGUCCAGCAUCUACCGGAUCCUGAUCGCCACAGACGUGGCGUCCCGGGGCCUGGACAUUCCCGCCGUCCAGCUCGUCAUCAACCACAACACCCCCGGACUGCCCAAGAUCUACAUCCACAGGGUCGGCCGGACGGCCCGCGCAGGGCGGCAGGGGACGGCCAUCACACUGGUGACCCAGUAUGACAUCCACCUGCUGCACGCCAUCGAGGAGCAGAUCGGGAAGAAGCUGGAGGACUUCCCGGUGGAGGAGGCCCCGGUGCUCCAGAUCCUCACGCAGGUCAACGUAGUGCGGCGGGAGUGUGAGAUUAAACUGGAGGCGGCCAACUUCGACGAGAAGAAGGAGAUCAACAAGCGCAAGCAGCUGAUCCUGGAGGGGAAGGACCCCGACCUGGAGACCAAGCGCAAGGCCGAGCUGGCCAAGAUCAGGCAGAAGAACCGGCGCUUCAAGGACGCGGUGGGGCAGGCGCUGCAGCGGCACAAGGCCAACGGGGCCGGACGCCGGGGACGCCCACCCAGGGCCCAGCCCAAGUCCCCCACAGGCCCCACCCCCACCCAGGGCCCAGCCUGAUCCCCCACGGGCCCCCGUCCCACCCUGGGCCCCCUGGGCCUCCUCCAUCAAACUGGAUGACAUGGAACCUCCUCUCUGGGGCAAGCCGACUGAGAGGCAGCUGCAGAGGAUGAAACAGGCCCUGAGGUCAGAGUGGACCCCAGCCACAGAGACCCCAGCCAGGGCCCCUGCUGGGCUUGGCUUCCCCAUCAAUGAAAGACUUGGGAUUUGUGUCACCCCACAGGGGUGUUGUAUGCAGGAGGUGCUCAAUAAAUGAGUCUUUUGCCUUCCUCA